AACUUCUCCGUUGCUCGCAGGCUCGCAGCCUCGACGACUCCUCUCCUCUCCAGUGGUACGAAAAAUGGAGGGCUAUGAUUGUCUGGGUUCGAUGAAACGGCUGAAAAACUUCUCUCUGCUUGUGUCCCUGCGACGUUGACAAGGAGGAUCACAAUUCACAGCGUCACUGGGCUAGGUGCUUUCUUUGGCUCGUUCCUUCUUGUUGAGUCCAUUUCAUUGUAGGAGCCCAAACACCACCUAAAGUAUGACUCUUGGGGUGACUCAUUGUGUCGCCGCUGUUCCAACAUACCCAAUCUCUAAGCGUCGACAUAAACCUCCUCGGUCUUUCUCUCUGCGGAUCUUAUCAAAAUCGAAUCAAGUUUCAGAUCUUAAAACUCAGCAGUCGACCUUUUAUUCUCUCGAGCCAACAAGAGAGUGUGAGUGCUUCAAUAUGUACAAGCAGCAGGUUGCUUAUAGUCAGGCAUGGGAUUGGCAGAAGAGCAUAGUUGAGGAUAAAAAAACUCUGAUAGAGAGGAAUGAGCAUUGCCCAGACUCACUGUUUGUCCUUCAGCAUCGUCCUGUGUAUACCUUGGGAACUGCUAGUUCAGAACAGUUCCUUAAUUUUGAUAUCAAGGAUGCUCCGUUCGACAUUUAUCGAACUGAACGUGGCGGCGAGGUUACAUAUCAUGGUCCCGGUCAGAUAGUUAUGUACCCUAUUAUGAAUCUACGAAAUCACAAGAUGGAUCUUCAUUGGUACCUCAGGUCACUUGAGGAGGUGAUUAUCCGUGCUCUUUCAAAGACAUUCUGUAUCAAGGCAUCUCGGCUUGAGGGCCUCACUGGUGUUUGGUAUGGAAACCAGAAACUGGCAGCCAUUGGAAUACGAGUCAAACAGUGGAUAACAUAUCAUGGCUUAGCAGUGAAUGUGAAUACAGACUUGACCCCUUUUCGUUGGAUUGUACCUUGUGGGUUACAAGGCUAUCAGGUUGGAAGCAUUAAAGGCUUGCUUGAGGAAUUUCAGACAUCUGCAGAGUGUGGAAUAGCAGAUCUACCUGAUCCCGAUGAUGGCCAGCUACUUGAUAUUACUUGUAGAUCUUUGAUCCAUGAGUUUUCAGAAGUUUUCCAGGUUAGAAUCAAUUAUGAAACCAUGUCAAGUUUGGAUUUACAAGCCAUCUGAAUCUGAAAUAGGAAUGAAUUUAGUCGAGGGCUACAUUUCUAAAUCCUUUGUCGGUCUGAAUGGAUAUGGCAUGUUGACGCUCUCUGAGCGUUUUAUUUUUAAAGAGUCCCCUGAGAAGUAGGUCAUGACAACAGCAGAACAUUAGAGCAGGAUUACAUAUUGCUACUUUUACAUCCUUAGAAGUAACAACCUAGCAUACUUUUCAGUGCCACUAUAAAGUCGCCUGGGGUCACAUAGAUAGCAUUCAAUUUCCGAUGGAGGUUCUUAAUACCGUUGUAACAACUUUUGCUACAACAGUUGUAAUAAAAACCGUCAGUUUGAAUGAAUACUUGAGUGUACUUAGACUGAAAUUGAUAGGGCUCUCAACUUGUAUUUAGCGAUGCACGUUAUAAGAUCUACAUGAGAAGAUUAAGGUUCGAAUCCUUGCUUUCCACCA